UGUGGACCCGCGGUUACGCGGUACGCGUCAGGAAUUCCAAGAUGGCGGCAGCCAGCUAAUGUGGCAUACUGUCUCCGCGGACAAUCAGAUGUGAGAGAAUAGGAGGAGCAAGAGCGGAAAGGUUUCUCUCAGUUUCAACCUGCAACGUUGUUUACGCAAGAGACAUUUUCAUCAUGUGAGAGACCCGAGUGAGGUCUCGCCUCACGUGAGAUUUGGAAUCCAGCGGUCGGACGCUUUAAAACUGACCCACUCGCAAAGCGAGUCGGCGGAGCCUAAGCUGACAGACCUGGCGGACCUCGGCGAAUAUUGAGAACACGGUGAGGGACGGAUCGGCGUUGACGGGCGAGAUGGAGCGGGACGCCGGCUUCGUCGACAUGCUGGAGGACAGACGGCGGGAAUGCGACCUUCUGUGGGCGACGCGGACCAUGGACCCGUUGCUGCCGCAUAUGCUGCCGUCGGAGUCGGUCUACGACCGGGAGAGCGUCAUACAGGCUGUCUUGCUCGACAAGCAGGUCCGACUUGCCAUCGACACGAUAGCGAGAACGACGGGGGUCGCGAUUAAGGACGUCGAGGGCAGCGCCAGUGCCAUGAUCAACGAGAUGGCUAGUAAAGCAGACCUGGCGACGGUCCGUUGGCUAGGUAUUUUUAUCACGAAAGCCAUGAAGAGGAUGUUCUCGAGGAUUUACAUAAACGAGACCAUGCUGUCCGACUUGAAGAGGAAGACGCGGGUAUCGCAGGUGCAGUACGUUUACGUGCCGUCGCACAGGAGCUACAUGGACUUUAUUCUCCUGUCGUACAUUCUCUUCUCCUACGACAUGGCGCUACCGAACAUCGCAGCCGGCAUGGAUUUUUAUAAUAUGAAGAUAGUGGGAGAGCUGCUGCGUAAGACCGGGGCGUUUUAUAUACGGCGCAGUUUCUCCAACGACAUAUUGUACAAACAGAUCUUCCGUUCGUACAUCAACACUAUCGUCAGUCACAGCGACAGGGCGAUUGAAUUUUUUAUCGAGGGUACGCGGAGCCGCAGCCAGAAGAGCACGAUGCCGAAAUACGGCCUCCUGUCCAUCAUCGUAGAGAGUUUACUUCAAGGCGACGUACCCGACAUACACUUCGUGCCUAUGAGCAUCAAUUACGAACGACCGCCGGAAGAGUUGUUAUUUGUUUACGAGAUGCUGGGGUUACCGAAGCCGAAGGAGAGCACGAGCGGACUGUUCCGCUCGCUCUCCAUUCUGCAGAAACCCUUCUCUCACGGGCGCAUUUUCUUCAACAUCGGCGAACCGAUACCCGCCAGCCGAUUCGUGGACAGAGCGUACCGACAGAGGAAAGUUCUACAGCCCUCCUUCAGAGUUCCGUCGCACGUUGUGGAGACUAUUGCCUAUCGUAUAAUAGAGACACACAAGAAGAAUACUGUACUCAUGCCGAUCAAUAUCAUCGCCUCACUUGUCAACGAGAGAAUCCAGCUGAAACCAGGGGAGCCGUAUACGCUCGAUUUAUUGAUCGAGGAUUAUCGGUGGUUCAAGAGCUUCGUUACUGGGUCAUUGAAAGCUUUAAUGUAUGAAAUGGAAACUACUGAUAAUGAUGGGAUAAGACAGGAAAUAUUGCAGUCCUUAAAACCGCAUGACGAACUAAUGGUUGUUGACUCAUCGGGCAUGUUAAAAAUCAAACAGAGGCACAAAGGAACGAAACAAAUGAAUUGUUCAAAUAUCAAGGGACAUCCUCUGUCUGAACGGACCCUGCAAAUAGCGGUAUCUGCCAUUAAUAUAGCAAUCUAUACCAAUCCGACCUUGGCAUAUCUGGUGGGGACUGCACUCGUUGCUGCAACUAUAGGAGAGAACGGCACCCAAAGCGAAGUAGCUUUGGAACGAUACGAGCUGUUAAGAGGAUUGCUCGGCACAGAAUUUGUACUGUGCCCGAGCGAAGACAGAGUUUUGCUCAAGAUAGAAUGGGAGAAGUCACUGAAUAUAUUGCUAUCACAGAACUGCUUGUACACGGCGAAUGACUUAAUUUUUAUAGGAAAUAACACUAAAUUGUUUUCCAUCUUGCAUAAUGUUAUAUUACCUUUCAUAGACGUUAUAUACGUGAUAUGUAUCUUAUUGUCCGAGUGGACCGAGAGAACGUCCGUCGAGCUCACGAAUCAGACAAUUCUCGUCGAAACGCAGAAGGAAGUAGAAAGAUUAAUACUCGAGACUAAGGACCGGUGUCAACAUCCCUACUGUUUAUCUCUUGAUUUGUACAACACAACGUGGUCUAACUUAUUAUCGCAAGGUGUUAUCGUACACCAGAAACAUAUCAAUGCGUAUCAAACGGACAGAGUAAAGUUGGCGCAUCUCAUCGGUGCACUGCGCGAAUUACCAUUACGGCGUCCCAUGGGAAGCUACGUCGAUGCAUUGCCUUUGAUCAUUUCAACACCAUCGAUGGAUGUACAAGCCAAGUUAUAACAGUUUAUUAGUGAAACAAUGAAUUUUGUAUGCCAAGACUACUAACAGUAUUAAAACUAAGGCCGGUAUUUAUAGUCGGAUCUUGUGCUCAAGAUCGUCUUGAAUUUAUCUAAAGAUGCUGUACGG